UCUCUCUCUCUCUCUCUCUCUCUCUCUCUCUCUGAUUCUCUUCUCUGAGAAAAAUCUCAGUUCCUCAGAGCUCUCAGGUUCUUUUAUUCUUCUUCUUCGAUUUUAUCUCCCAAAUCUGCAUGCUCUCGAUCUAAGACUACCACAUUUUUUUUUUUCCGAUUCAAAAAAACAUGAAUGUUGCUUCGUAGUUUUAUGAUCUGAGAGAGAUCAAAUCCGUCACCGGAGAAAAAAAUGCGGGUGAAGGAGUUGCAUCCACUUUGUUGUAUUACUUUAGAGAGUCCACACGGGAUUAAUAAUAACCAGUCACCGGAAGAACCGGUGACGACGGCUUUAACUAGGUCAAGGAGUUUACCGGCGAAGUCGUUGAUCGGUGGAUCCAAAGUGGGAUCGGAAUCGGAGACUGUAGCUGGGAUCUUAUAUAAAUGGACUAAUUUUGGUAAAGGAUGGAGAUCUAGAUGGUUCUUACUCCGUAACGGAAUCUUAUCUUAUUCUAAGAUCCGUCGACCGGAGAAUUUGAAUCUACUAUCUCCGUCGGAUGAUGUGAGGUUAAUCGGAGAUAUUUCCGGUGAACGUCUUUCGAGAAUGGAUAGUUGUAGUGGUCGCCGGAAACAACAAAAAACCGUCGGCAUUGUUCAUCUUAAGGUUUCGUCUUUCAGAGAAAGCAAGUCUGAUGAUAGAAAGUUCUAUAUAUUCACAGCAACCAAGACCCUUCAUUUGAGGACUGAUUCUAUAAGUGAUAGAGCGGCUUGGUUACAAGCAUUAGCAUCUACAAAAUGCAUCUUUCCUCUCCGGUCGCUUAAUGGGGAUUUCUCCUUUAUACCACCAAAGGAUUUGUCCAUAUCAACUGAGAGGCUAAAGAAACGGUUGCACGAAGAGGGAAUGAAUGAGACUCUUGUAAAAGAGUGCGAACAGAUCAUGCUCUCAGAAUUUUCUGAAAUGCACGGACAAGUUAAACUUUUACACGAAGAACGGUCGAAUUUGCUUGACGCAUUGAGGCAGCUGGAGGCAGCUAAUCUCGAAGUUAGUGCAUCAGGGAAACAUGAGUUUUCAAGCCUAGGACGUGGAAAGUAUAGUGAAUGCAGCACAACUGCUUCAUCUGAUGAUAAACAAGAGUUUGAGGAUGUGUCUGAGGAAGAUGAACCUUCCUUCCAUGACACAAAGGAGUUCUUUAAUGAACCUAAUGUUGGUUCUGAAUCAAAUCUAGCUAUUUCUGGACACGCGGAUAUAAAGAGAAGAACGAAACUUCCAGAUCCAGCUGAAAAAGAGAAAGGUGUCAGUCUUUGGUCUAUGAUCAAAGACAACGUUGGAAAGGAUCUCACCAGAGUUUGCCUCCCUGUGUAUUUCAAUGAACCAAUAUCAUCCCUCCAAAAGUGCUUUGAAGACUUGGAGUACUCAUAUCUUCUGGACCGAGCAUAUGAACAUGGAAAAUCCGGGAAUGGUCUCUUAAGAGCCUUAAAUGUUGCUGCUUUUGCUGUCUCUGGAUACGCUUCCACUGAAGGCAGGCACUGUAAGCCCUUCAAUCCUUUGCUUGGAGAAACCUAUGAAGCCGACUUUCCUGAAAAGGGGAUUCGUUUCUUCUCUGAGAAGGUCAGUCACCAUCCAACUGUUAUCCCCUGCCCCUGUGAAGGUAAAGGGUGGAAGUUCUGGGGUGACACUAACCUCAGGUCAAAGUUUUGGGGGAGGUCGAUUCAAGUCGAACCUGUCGGAGUUUUGACUCUAGAGUUUGAUGAUGGCGAAGUGUUUCAGUGGAGCAAGGUAACAUCAACUAUAUACAAUAUCAUACUAGGUAAACUCUAUUGUGAUCAUCAUGGUGUGAUGCAAAUCCGUGGGAACCGCCAAUAUUCUUGUACGCUCAAGUUUAAGGAGCAAUCCAUUCUUGAGAGAAAUCCCCACCAGGUAAACGGUUUUGUAGAAGACGUAGCUGGGCAAAAAGCGGCAACAAUAUUUGGUAAAUGGGAUGAUAGUCUUUACUAUGUUGCCGGUGAUGGAAUCAGCAAGUCGAAAGUCAGUGAUCCCGCAUCAAAUGCCUCGUUACUGUGGAAAAGGACCAAGCCACCGCCUAAUGUCACUAGAUACAACUUAACCUCGUUUGCCAUUACCCUAAACGAGCUAACACCUGGUUUGCAGGAGAUACUUCCUCCUACAGAUUCUAGGCUCAGACCAGAUCAACGGCAUCUUGAGAAUGGUGAAUAUGAGAAGGCGAACUUAGAGAAACAACGGUUAGAAAGAAGGCAAAGAAUGUCACGGCAACUUCAGGAAAGCGGAUGGAGACCGAGAUGGUUUGAGAGACAAGGUGAAAGCGAAACCUUCAAGUACACGGGUGGUUACUGGGAAGCACGAGGGCACAGAAACUGGGAUGAUUGCCCCGACAUCUUCGGGGAGUUCACAGAAGAGCUAGCGGAUUCCGCUUAGAAAGCUUCUUAAUAUCAUUCCAGGUUAUACAACUCAUCCUACCAGCCAGCAAAACAUUUAAACUGUCCCUUAAAUGUUACAAUAGAAAACCCAAACCACCAAAACUAUAGUGGUUUCGAAACAAAAACAUCGAUUUUGAUAUUAAGUAUUUCGUUUCUUGCAUCCAAUCCUUAAAAGAAGAUCUCCAUCCGGACCACAAUGGAGUUGUUUACACGGAAGCACACGUCUUUGGACCAUGGAUCAAAAGCUAUAAAAGGUGUCCUCCUUGUGUCUUAGAGAGUCACUGUAAAGUCUUAUCUCCUUCUCUCUCCCUCUUCUCUUCAAUUCUCUAUCUCCCUCGUUAAAUAGUUGAGAUUAAUGUAGGUUGGUCUUACAUUUGAACAAUUUCCUUGUAAUCCAUUUGUAUUUAAUUAAAAAAAAAGUGAGCAAUCUCUUACUAAUAAAAAAGAUAGUUUGAGGCCU